GUACCUUUAUUUUUUCAUUCCAUCUUAACUUCUCUUCAUCAUUUCUUCCAAAAGAGUGAAGGCUAUCAUUUUAGAGUUUCAGCUUCAUUUAUCCAAUAUGGAUUUUCAUCUUGUUCACAUCAUUACUUUUUUCAUGCUUGUGGUAGGGGCAACUAAUGCUGUAAUGUUACCUCCUCAACUUUACUGGAAGUCCAUGCUUCCCAACUCUCCAAUGCCAAAAGCCAUCACUAAUCUGCUACACCCUGCUGGAUAUUGGAGUGAAGAGAAAGGAACUUGGGUGGAUGUAGGCAAGGGUGGUGUGGAUGUUGGAGUCAGAAAGGGCUACUAUGAAGGAGGUGGCACUGAUGUGAAUGUUGGAGUUGGACGUUCUCCAUUUAUUUAUAAUUAUGCUGCAAGUGAGACUCAAUUACAUGAUAAACCAAAUGUAGCACUCUUCUUUCUGGAAAAGGACCUGCAUCAUGGAACAAAACUGAACUUGCAAUUCUCUAAGACCACUUCAAAUGCAGCCACAUUCUUGCCGCGCCAAGUUGCUAAUUCAAUACCCUUUUCAUCAAACAAGAUGGAAUACAUAAUCAACAAGUUAAACAUCAAGAAAGGGUCAAAGGGUGUUCAGAUUGUGAAGAACACCAUCAGUGAGUGUGAAGAGCAAGGGAUCAAAGGAGAGGAAAAGGUUUGUGUAACAUCAUUGGAGUCUAUGGUUGAUUUCACGACUUCUAAACUUGGUAAAAAUGUUGAGGCUGUUUCAACAGAAGUGAACAAAGAAAGUAAUUUACAACAAUAUACAAUAGCAUCUGGAGUGAAGAAGUUGGGUGAGAAGAACAAAGCUGUUGUGUGUCACAAAGAGAAUUACCCUUAUGCAGUGUUUUACUGUCACAAAACAGAUACAACUAAAGCUUACUCUGUGCCUUUGGAGGGUGCUGAUGGAAGCAGAGUUAAAGCUAUUGCUGUGUGUCACACUGAUACAUCAGAAUGGAACCCAAAACAUUUGGCAUUUCAAGUACUCAAAGUUCAACCUGGGACUGUUCCAGUUUGUCACCUCCUACCUGAGGAUCAUGUUGUUUGGAUUCGCAAGUAGAAACAAACAAAUCCUAUUGGUGACAUCCAAGAAUAGUUACACAGUUUUUAUAGUAUAAAAUAAACUGUGAAACUGAUUCUAGGAUUUUACAACUAUCACUUUGUUUUACUUUCAGUUUUAAGUAUUUUACAUUUGCUAUGAUGGAUUAUUACAAGUGUGCUAUUUGUUUUACUUUUACAGUUUUAGGUAAGAUAUAUUUGCUAUGAUGUAUUACAUGUGUGUUAAUUUAUGAUAUAGUGAAGCUUUUCAUUUGGGUGAAAAUCAGUGAUUUUCAUAUUGAACUUUAA